CCUCGCUUAUGGUUCCUUCGAACCGAUAAAGUGUGGAAUGAAAAUGGCGGCGGAUUUUUUGACGUGAAAUUUCUCAAAUUUUGCUGCAUUUUGCAAGGAUCACGUACCCUAGAGUCACCAUUUAGACCAAUUUCAAAUGCCAUUACUUUAGCAAGCAAAACUGUGUCGUCCAUUAAGAACUAAAGCAUGGACUUUUCAGAAAUCCACGAAGGUAAGUGUCUUCGUUUAUGACAAAGCGAGCCCGACCUGAUUAAGUCUAAUCUACAUGUACCUCGUGGUUAGAGUGAGCAGCAAUAUUUCAUCUUUUAAAGUACUCAAAAUAUCAAUAAGUAACUGAAGCAUAUUUAGACAUCCCACUGAUCGUAUUUUAUGGUAUGAAUGAAAUACUCCUUUCACCAAGAAAAAAUGCGCGCGUUAUUGUCAGUUUCAGAACGACAUUGAGUCAUAUCCGCGUGCAUCAAUCAUGAGAAUUGUCAAUCAAUUGUCAACAUUCGAUUCUCGUCCACGGAUUCAGACAUUCAAAAGAGUGAAAAUUGAUCUUUUUUUAUCGUGAGCAGCACUGGUAUAAAAGCUUAAAGCUUUUGAGGUCUCCUAGCUAAGGAAAUGGCCCCGGUCUAACCCUUCAAUCAUUAAGGUUUUGGUGUUGAUUGCAGCCUACACAUUUGCAGGACAGUGCCUUCAAUUAAAACUUUGGUGGAACUGCAGAAAAAUGGCUUUUGACAUCAUGGUGUAUUGAAAACUGAGUGUCAAUGCACAAAAGAUUUUCGGUGGUAAUAAGCAGAGAUAGUUGUAGGGUAAAAUCUGGGAGAUAUACAACAAUGCAUUUAAAAGGCAAUUUUCAUAAAUUUAGAGGUCAGUAAAAAAAAAAUGAAAACUGCACAUUUAGCCCUAUUUUAUUUUGUUUUUCCUUUUAGUCAUUUAUUCUUCCCCCUUUCAUGAUCCAAACCAAAAAAUGUAUGAAAAGACAUUGUCAGUAGACAAACUCAAAGUUUUCUCUGACCUUCUCAUAUAUGUCUCUUUCUUGAUUAUUUUGCUUUAUUUAUUUUUAACAGAUGAACUUGGAAGUCUUGGAGUUGACUUUGGUAAUAAUAAUUAUCUUUAAUGAGGUUAAAUGUACUUAUUUAACUUAGUUAACGGCGAGGAGCUAGCUUCUCAGUAGUUGGCUUGGAUGUGCAACUCAAGUGUUACUUUAUGUGCCUCCAUGCGCAACUCAGGUGUUACUUUAUGUUUAUUCAUUAUGGUGGAGAAGUUUGGUUAAAGAACAAUUUGGGAUGUGUGUUUAAAGUCAUCAUCUCAACCAUUAAGUUUCUCACCUAAUAUAUCCUAAACCAAUGUGGGACUGUGAUACUUGACAACUGGUUAUAAAAUCAUCACUUUUUAACUUGUUUUCGAUGAAUAGGAUGAGGAGAUUUUCCAAAGAAAUGACCAAACAAACCAAAUUAAACUAACAUUUACGUCUUUUUUCCCCCAUCAUUCACUCUAAUUAACCUCUCGGGAAGCGCGGGCUUUCUUUGGUGGGUUCAAAAGGUCACGUCUGUAGGUUGUAUUUGGUUGAUUUCGAUCCAUGUUGAUUAUUUCGACUAUGAUAGACAAUUAACUUUCUUGGUUUGUAUUGUUAUUUUCCUGUAAUCUGAUCGGUCAACUUUGUUUAGGUGGCCCCGGUUUUAGUAGUUGCACUGUAAUGGUUUAAAUCUUUACACUAUGUAUUCAACUCUUUCAUUUGUCUCUAUUAUUCAGAACAUGGAAUGCGGGGUCCAAGACCACCCUUCAGACAUCAUGGACCACACCCAAUUCCUCCAUUUGGUCCUGGAGGACCACACGGGCCCCGUAUGCCACCGGGUGGUCCCAUGCCAAGACCACCAGGUCCUAUGAUGAUGGGUCCCCCUGGACCACACCCUCGUGGACCCCAUGGGCCCAUGAUGCGAGGUCCUAUGCCUGGCCCUCCUGGUCCUCCAGGUCCCAUGGGUAUGCCGCUAGGUCACAUGCGACCAAGGAUGCCUCCAGUAGAUCAUGAUGGGCCACAUAUGUGGGGUGAUAGGGGCAGAGGGAGGAGACCUGGAAAACAACAGAUGCAACGGCAAACAAGUAGAGAAAGUCCGAAAGUGAAGAAAAGCCCAGCCAUUAACAAUAAACCAAAGUAAGUAAACUUGCCUUUGACAUCAGUCCUUGUAAAAGGAAAAGGUGCACAUGAGCUUGUGAAUUUCCUUCGCUAAGGAAACAACGUCAUUGGCAAGGCUUGAAAACCUUCAUACCCGCAGUCUGAGGUGUUAACCGCUUGGCCAUGCAUGCCUCCUUUUGUAAUGUAAAAAGAUAUAUGUAAAAAAUCCUGAAAUUUUGUGAUGGAUGGUAGUAAUUCAAUGUUGAGAAUUGAAGGUUUCAGUUGGUGAAACAUCAACAAAGUCAUCACUGAUAAUUAGGAGCUCGUUCAGCACAUUACGCCUUAACUUAAGCUCAGUGGUAAUAUAACAUAUGAGUGCUUAAAAGUUAUACAGCCGGUAGUUUCAAGGGAACAUAAGACCUUACUUGCGCAAAGGUUUAGUAAUUUUGAGCUCUAUAAGCCCAGCAUAUUAUGAAGCAGAAUUUAGUGGGGUUAAAACAUCUUUAAACCUUGGAUUCAGGAUCAAUGCAUGUUUUGAGGAACCUAUCUUUUGACUUAUUUUUAAUUUUGUGUCUUAGAAAAGAAGAUUCUAAAACAGUAGAAGACUCUGGGCCAACACCUAAAAAGGUAGGCAAUUUUCUAAGGCCAUUCAGAAGCUACAUUGUACAAAUGAACAGGAAGUUUAUCCACCCAAUGUUGUAGCUGUGAGAACACUCGCCUCCCAUAUAUAUGUGCAGCGUAAAUAUCAAUAGCUCUGUUGAAGCUUUUGUUCAUCCUGCCCAUGUAGAUUUGAGUACUGAAAAAAAGUGCUAUGUCACAAAAUUCAUUGAGAAUCAAACAGUUGGAAUUGGCACUGACGUGUUUUUGAUGCCCAAAAUGUUUGAUUUAAUACUUGGGAGAAUAUUUCUUUGCCAUGAAGCUGUGAUUUUGUAAUUUACCAAUAAUUUUGUCACUAACAUUAAGUUCCGUCGUGAAUAAGGAGGUGUAAAUAGCAAUACAUGUAUAAGCAAAAUGAACAGCCAUGACACAGCCCCUUAAAAAAUAAAAUACAUAUAACACCGUGGUAUCAGAUACUUGUAGUACUUUGGCCUAAUAUGCUUAAGCUUUUUUGUGGUGUCUCCAUUAUGAAACAAAUAGUUGGUAUAUCAUAAUAAAUAAUAAAAUAUUUGUAAAGCGCUUUACAAUGCUAUAAAAAUGUGUAUAAAAAAUAAAAUCCUAGACUAAUUUACAUAUAAUUUUUACAUUGUAGCAGAAACACAAACAAAAAAAAAAUGAUAAAAAAUAAAAUCAUAAGAUAGUUCAUAAACUUGCUUAAAAAGAUAGGUCUUCAGCUUAGAAUUAAAUUUACUUACAUUGUCGAUCAAUCUAAUAUCAGUAGGCAAAGAAUUCCAGAGGAGAGGGGCAACGACUGAUAGGGCCCUGAGACUGUAUGUCUUUAGGCUAUAGGGUUCAAUGACAAAUUGCCAUUUGUCAGAAGAUGAGUAAAGGCAGCUUGCAGUUUCAUAAACAUGCAAUAGUUCUCCUUAAAACAUAUAAGAUUAAUCAUAUAUGUAUAUCUAUCAAUAAUUGAUAGAUUAUUACAUCUCUACAUAUUUCAGGCUAGUGGCGUCAGCUGCUUGUAGUACUUUGAGCUAACUAUGCUGAAGCUAUUUUGUGGUGUCUUCAUAAUGAAAUAAAUUGCUAUAUCUAUUGCAUUUGAACAUAUUAUUUCAGGCCAGGAAGUCAGAAGAUGAUUUGGAGGAGCUUGAUGAGGAGAAAUUGUUGAAGAGUGAUGACGAAGGGGAUGGGUUAGUUAUCAUUUUCUCAACUUUUUCUUCAGAGUUUUGUCAGUUGAUGCUCUUGUAAUCAGUAAUUUAUUUUCCAGUGGAACAAUCAUAGAUCUUCAUCGGAUCUAUCUGCUUUUUCUGAAAUUUUUAAUAUGUAUAUGCAUAUACUUGGGCCACCGUGAUGUCUAUUUUAUGAAAAUCAGACUUGGUUAAAAUUCUAGCAUUUACAUUUUAUGACCAUUGGUAGCUGCCAUGCUUGAACCCAAACUACUAAAACAUUUUGGGUGAUAAUUAAUGGUACUUGCUCUAAGUGGAGGGCAAUCUAGUUUAAAAUCACGCUAAGCUCACAGGAUUUUUGCAGGGCAAAUAAUGUUGACCUGGAUGCUGUAAGCAUACAUGGUGAUGAUGAGUUAGACGACAUUGACAAAGAGAUCAAGGGGCUUUCCGAAGGAGCCGCUGAGAGCAGCAAGAAAACUCCUCAGAAAGGUACCUUUUUAAAGAUGUUUUGCUGAGCGAUUUUGGAGACAUACAGUACCACUCAGAAGUUACCACUCUAUUCUCAAUCCAUGCUUGAAUCAAGAAUUGUGUAAAAAUUUGAAAUUUAAUUCUUGAUUGUUGCAUCUUGAUUCUCGAUACCCAAUUCACCAAACCAGAACAAUCUCUGUGAAGCUUUGUUGAUACUUAUUUCAGCUUGAUACAACAACCUUUGUUCAAGUUUUGAGUAAUAUUUAUUGUCUGUUUUCUCAAUGUUAACAAGUUGAAAUGGUUUUUGAAGCAAGCUGGCCACCCAGACAACACCAUCCCCAACUUUUCAUGUUUAUUCAAAGUUACUUACGAUGUUGCGUAGGGAUACAAUUUUAUUAAUUGUCUGCUGUGAACUAAAGUGAUGGAUUAAUAUUAAUCAUUAUUAAUAAUUAUUCAAAGGUGCGGAGGAUAGUAAAAAGGAGACAACUCCGGUUGCUAUGGUGAAAAAGGACAUAAAGAAUGACAGUGACAGUGAAGAUGAAGGGAAGAAGACAAGGCAGCGCUUCAAGUCUGAGAGACCGAAAGAGCAACACAAAAUUGAAAAACAUGAACCAAGUAUGUUGAUUAGGACCAGUGUACUCGAAGCUCUGAGAAGGGCUGUGAAUAAGAUCUUAAGGCCAGGGAUUUCCCCUGAUUACUAUGAGCAUCACCUUGGCUACUUUCAUUAAAACCAAAAGAACUUCCUAGCUGUUCAACCUCCUGGCUACUAAUUGCAUAUACCCAGCAACUUGAAAUCUUAGCAACAGUCCUGCACAAUCGAAUGACAAUGUGAAGUUUAUGAGCCUUCUGGGAUGGUUCUUAUAGGUGUCCACUUGCAGGAGUUUAGAAAUCAGAAAAAAUUCAAUGGCAGAACUUUAAAUCGCUGUUUGUUAUAGCAUGGCCGCUCAUUAGGUUGCAUCAAUUUGGAAAUGAUAAGAGUUCAAAUGGGGCUUUUCUUUUUCGCUAUUUGUGAGUCCCCUUAGCAGUAUUCAGUGAGAGAGUCUUCACUCAUGACUGUGAUUACUUUUUAUGAACUGCUAUGUCUCGCUUCAGGAUCUUACCAUCUACUUUGUACUCUCCUAUCAAGAGACACCAUUAACAUUUUAUAUUGUGCUGAAGAGUGUUGUGAAAUGUACUACCUUGCAAUAGAAAAUUAAUAACAAUAAAAACAGCAAUAACAACAUUUAAUCAACAUUUGUUUUCUUUUCUAGGGAGAGACUUCAGAAAACAAGAUGACAGAAACUGGUUCAGAAGAGAUCAAGGACGGGGGCGUGGACGAGGGGGACCAAUGAUGUACGAAAUUCAUAACUCUUUUUUUUAUUUCACCUUCUAUGGGUGAAGUCUACAGUUUACUAAAGGAUCUACAAUGUACUUUGUAAAUUACAGUUAUUGACAGCACCCAACAGUCAGUGUUGUUUCUUUUUUCCUGACAAAAUCACAGCUUCUGUUAAUGAUUGUACUAAAACCAUGCAACCAUUAUUUUUACUGUAUUUGCAAUGCAACAUUUCUAGGUGUGCAUACAAACAUGAUGUUCUCCACCCUGUUAUCUGUUGUUCCAUUGCUAUUGUGUCAACACUGUGUGUAGUGUAGUGGCAUUGAUAGAAAUCAAAUGUUUAGCUGAGGAUUUUGUUUUUCUUUUAGGGGACCACCACCGCCUGGGAUGAUUCGGCCAGGCAUGCAUCCGCCCUUCCCCCCAAGGGGACCUGAACCCUUCAUGCAUGGACCCAGACCAGGAAUGGGACCAGGGCCAGAACAUGAUCCUGGAUUUGGUCCCAGACCUCGUUUUCCAAUGGGGCCGAAUGGUCCAUUUCCUGGUCACAUGCCUGGACCCCCUGAUGGUCAUAUGCCAGGACCACCAAGUAAGUUUGCAGAAGAUAAAGAUUUGUAUAUCACAAUCUGCUCUUUUUAUUUGAAAGUUUUGUGCAUCAUCUUAGCCUGCAGUGCAGCUGUAUUUUCAGGCAAGCAAGCUGUAAAUAUUUCCUCUGUUUUUGAAAGCAAAGGAAGAUUGGGUAGUGUUAAGGUGCUGGUAGUAGGGGAGGGCAAGGGUUGAAAGCGGAGAAGUGAAAUGGGAGGAAGAGUUUUAAUGCUGAUCUCCAUCCCCCCCAAGCCCCCCGCCCUGAUCCCUUCCCCCCAUCCCUUUCCCACCCCCUGUGACUGGUGCAUCCCAAUCCAAGCCAGUUCUAGUGCUUGUUUGUCUUCCAGAAAUGCAUGCACUGCAGCCUAACAUCACUCAAGACCUUGUUGAGGAUCAUUGGUCCUUAAGAUAUUAUUAUCUUUUCACUGAGAUUAAAUUCUAAUCAAAACUUGCCUCUAAUAUUUAUUGUUUGUUUUCAGGGCCACCACAGGGAAAGAACAUCCAUAUCAACCCUCAUUUUAGACCUCCACCUGGUGGAAGAGGAAUGCCAGAAGGUAGUUUAUGUCUUGAUCACAUGGCUUUAAGUUCUAACAGCACUUGAUGGCUCUUAGUCACUUACUUCUGCUCUUAGGCAAAAAGAAAAUCUUAUAUUAUGAGUACAGAUUAUCACAGUUAGUUAGUGCAAGGCCUUCUGGGAGGUUGGAUUCCCAGGUUUGGCCUCAAAUCCCUGUUUUGACUUCUUUCCUUACCAUUAAGCUUUAAUUCCUUUAAAUACCUGUAAAAAUGAGCAGUGAUGGAGAGAUGGGGGUGUGAAAUGAGGGCACCAUCUGCCUCAGGUGUGUCUGUAUAAUGAGUACUGUUAUGACUUACAUGUACUGUACCAAGUGUAGGUAGAUAUCCAAAUACUCUCUCAGAAUGAUUUACAGAGAUUUCAAUUACUUUUCAAGAAGAUUUCAGAGUGAUCUGAAGUGAAAGUUGAGACGGAGUAGACUAUGGUAGUUGUAGUAGCGUGAUUAAAUUGUCUAUUUAGGGGACCAUUACAAUGCUUCUCAAAUGAGACUGUCUAAAAUGAAAAUUAAUACUUAGUUGUGUAAAAACAUUUGGCAGUUUGCUGUGUGGUUCUGCCAAUAUUGUAUAGUGCAUCAUGUUUCCAGAUAACUUAUUGUGUUUUUCUUUUCCAUAACAGGCCCAGGUCCUAUGCGAGGACCUCACAUGGCUCCUCCAAGACCCGAUAUGCCAGGGUCCCGUAUGCCUGCACCCCAUCCAGGUCCAGUGCGUCCAGAAGGUGCUUUCCCACCAGGCCCUGGAGGAGGAGACUUUGGUCCUAGAGGACCACCUCCUGGAGGUCCCAGAGGACCCCUACCAGAACAAGGACCCAGACCUGGAAUGACUCCUGAACAUGGCCCACGCCCUAUGGGCCCAGGGGGACUUGGACACCUCCCAGGUCCUGGACAAGGCCAUGGACAAGGACCUAGCCCAAGACCUGGCCCUGGGCACUUUCCUGAAGGUGACAUGAGACCACCCCAUGGAAUGGGCCCUGGUGUUCAACUGCCACCAAGGGUGAGAAUUAUUAUUUCUUUACCUCUGUAAACUACACUACCAAGACUUCUCAAAAUUAUAGUGGGGGGAAAAACGCAAAUGUAAUUUUCUGAGGUACCGAAAACUGCUUAGUGCUGAAUGGAAUGUCUCUGAUUGUGAAUUUUAGGGUAUGCCUCCAGGAGCACCAAAUGCAAUGCCACCACAUGGCCCCGCUGGCCCCAUGCCAGGGCGUGGUAUGGUACAAGGAGGACUUGGACCUCAUGUCAGUGGUCCAGGAGGACCUGGUCCCUUACCAGGUCAACAGCAUCAGGGCAUGGCACCAAGAGGACCCUCAGCAGCCAUGUCAUCUUCAGGUGUACCCCCUGGAGGCCCUAUGCACCCAGGAGCCAUGCAGCAAGGAAUGCGUCCUCAAGGGAUGAAUGCUGAUGUCCCCAUGUCAGAACCUGAAAGGAUCGUAAUUGGUCAUCGUGUUACAGUUCCCAACAUGGAAGUAGCCAAUGCAGCGAUGCGACCACCGGGAUUCAAUGCCAUGGGAGCAGCAGCUGCUGCUGCAGCUGCCGCCCAGGGAGCUAAUCUAGCAGCCGCUGCUGCUGCGGCUGCAAGGCAGCAACAGUUUCCAUAUGGACAGCAGUAUCCUUAUGAUGCGUAUUCAGCCAUGUAUGGUGCAGAAUGGCAGCUGAUGCAGCAGCAAAGAGAUGCUGCUUAUGCUGCUGCUGCCGCUUAUGGUUUGGACAAACAUGCUAAGGUAAGCAGACUAAAGAGCGCUCUCCAAAAGUCAGACUGGUCAUAUUGAAAAUGAAAUACGGUUGAACCUUCCAUAAGCUUCCACCCAAAAUGGUAAGGGUUAGUGUUCACUUCCGAGAGAUGAUGAUGAGAAUUGGUCCUCAGGGGGUUGGUUCUUUCCAAGAGUAGAUCCUGAGACAUCUACUUUAGUAAGAAAAUUAAUUGCACGCAAUUUCUAAGUUACAAGAUGUGUAAUUCCAUGUAACUUCUCAUUUAAGGUUAUUUUAAGAUAUUCUGAGUAGAGUAAUACACUCAGUGAAUGUAGUGAACAUACAAGAGGGUAAAAACAGUGGAAAAUUAUAAAUCCAUCAGCCCAAUAGUUACAGUCACUUUAAGGCGCAAUACUGACCAACAUCAAUUUUCUCCUGACAAUAUCCAAUAUGUUGCCAAGAGAAAUGGGUAUGAGAACUAAUGAAAUGAUCACUAAAGAGAAAAUGCUUUGAUCUGUUAACCAACUCUCUCAACCAAUUCUUUAAGAAAAUGUAUGAAGAUCAGUAUGGAGAGUAUAUAUAACAAUUAUUCACGGAAGUGGACUUGGCUAGUGGUGGUUAUAUUUACCGAGAUGCAAAGCUUAUUUGGGGGUUUGACAAUUCUGAGGCUGUUAAAACAGAUAUCACACAGGAAUGAAUUGUGAGUGCAGUUUCGAGGAGGGGGGGAGGCGGGGUGGGUUACACAGAGUUGAGAGUCACACAUCCUUAAGUGAACCAGUAGAUUAUACUCUAAAUUUUUAUUUUCCUCUCAUUAGAGCCACAAGUCAAAGAAGCAUCGUAGACGAUACAGUGCAGAUAGCGCAGACAGUGACUUCAGCAGUGCUUCAAGAUCGCCUUCAAGAUCUGUUUCUCGCUCAUACUCCAGAUCACCGGCAAGGUCUUGGUCGCGUUCGCGUUCAUUGUCAUUGUCAAGAUCUCGAUCAAGGUGCAUUGUCAUUGCGUUAUUUCUAGAAUCAAAUUUAGGGCGGUGGUAACCUGAUACCAAUCCAAGAUGGCCAUGAUUUCAAGUCCGCCAAGGGCCAAAAAUUUAGGCAACUUUAACUUGGAUGUCCGUUUAUCCAACCAUAUUGAGAAAUCUUGGGUUGUGAUUCUACGGCUAACAUGACAGUGGCCAACUCGAAAGCUGUCGCUCCUUUGGCCACAGUGCAAUUAUCUCCAUAGAUUUUCUUUGUCUUUUACGUAUCAUUAUGUAAAUGCUCGUAAAUUUGUUUUAAAACAUUGUUAAUAUUAAUGUCCUGUAAACGGUUUUAAAGUCAAACUCAUCAACAUGUGGCUGUUUUUCCAUUUCAUCAUCUCACACCAGUGUAAUGUGUUGAUUUUAUUUCUGCUAUCUUAUUCAGUAAAUUAAAGAGUUAAACAGUCUUGCUGGAAACGCUUAAAUCUGCCUUUUGCGUUUGUAAACUUGGUGGAUCACUUGUGAAAAGAUUCUUGUUUUGCUGUUUUUUUAUUCUGAUCUUUUGUUGUUUGUAUAACCAACAGAUUUUUAAAUAGCCAAGCUAACCCAAGACUCGGCGAGAUGCAAAAGAGUUUCGUUUAUCGAGUUCAUUGUUGUAUUUAUUUAGGUCAUCAUCUAGGUCAAGAUCAUUUUCAAGGUCAGUCUCGCCACGAACUCCUCAGCAGCGGUCACCUGUACGCGUAGCAAAACCACCGCCACGAUCAAGACGAAAUGUGGACAGUCGAAGAGAACGAGAAAGGGAAAAACCAGACAGGAGUCGGGAGAGAGAAAGGGACAGACCAAGGUUUGUAAAGUUCCUUGUGCUUGGUUAACUCUUUAAACAUUAAGACUGUCUAAAACCAGAAUUUAAGGAAAAUCGUCAUAUCUAUUUUUAGUAAAUUAGAAAGAACCAGUGAAAUUGUGUGAAAGUACUGCGAAAUAGUUUCUGUACAGUGUUUCGUGUGCAGACACGAGAUUUUAUUUCUGCCCAUGGUUUUCACAACCUGGAAGAGCUUUUCAAAUUGUGACCGUCAGCGAAAGGGUAGAGUUAAAUAUGGGGAAUCUGUUUCUUACAAUAACCUUACUUUUCGACGAUCCUAUUGAAACAAGCUUAAGUUUGAGGCUUAUCAAAGAUACAUACAGUCAAAGAUCGCUUAAGUGUAGCAAUGACAUAAUGUUUCCACAGAGAACGACCUGAUAGAGGCAGUGACACAUACAGAGGCCGCGAGAGAAAUGACAGAGAAAAACCAAGGGAGAGAGAGAGGGAGCGAGAUCCACGAGAACAACACGAUUCUCGAGAUGCGCGUCACGACAGGUCACGUGACAGAGAUCGGGAUAGAGACAGAGGGGAUCGCGACAAAGGAAAAGAGCGAGAUCGAACAAGGGACAAAGAUAAGUCCAAGGACAGCCAUCGAAGAAGUCGAAGCAGGGAUAGGUCAUCUCACCGACGGGAGAGCAGGGAAACUAGGCAUUCUGAAAGUAAUUCGUCCAAGGUAAGGUUACUUUUUUCAAUGUCUCAGAGACUACUGAAUAGUUUUCCUUUUGAAAACAUUACAAGUGUGCGCGAAUUGUUAUAAUUGUAACUGUAAAGUAUAGUACUACGAAUAAAUAUAAAUAUACGUAUAUCACCAAGGUACCUCUGGUUUAACGAUAUGCUAUAUUUAGUACAAAAGGUCUUUUGAAUCUUUAAAUGUAAGCGGUUGUAUACUAACUUUAGUUCCGUAGAGUCAAUUUAAUUGUAAGAUAAAUUAACCUUGUGACAUAACCAUGCCGAUUAAACAAAAUAUAUCAAAAACUUCAGAGCCACGUGACGUGGCAUUUACCGAGUCGGAUAUCUGAAUAGAAUGCGAAAAAAGAACCAAUCUGAAGCACAGUGCCUGGGAAGAAAUUUAGUGUUUAUUUAACAGACGCGCUGAAUGCUGAACACUGCACCUUUUUUACAUUAGGAAACACAACGGCGUGUGAACACUUCUUCAUAAGAUAAAUUAACCUUAUGACAUAACUAUGGAAACGUCAAAAACUUCAGAGAGUGACCGUGGCAUCUACCGAGUCGGAGAUCACGAUAAAAGAACCAAUUUGCUUCUGUUUCUGUUUGUGGAAACAACACGAAAAAUGUACCGCAAGAGAUUGCUUUUUUCACGCUGUUUAUAACCACGACAAUUGUACAUUCUUCUUUUAACAGCGUAUUGUGGUUGGGCCCUCUGAGAGCAAGACUAAAUCGUCGGGCGCCACGCCUGACUCAAAAGCGAACCGUGUUGUUGUGACAAAAGCAUCAAGUGGCGGGAAACCUUCAAACCGUGUUGUGAUUGGCUCAUUACCUGAGAAUAUCACACCAAGCCGGCUAAAGGAGCUGCUGCAAGGCAUUGGACCAAUUCAGGUAUCAGAAGAAACUCUAUAAUUCACCCUUUCAACAGGUCCCAAAAUAAGAAUUCCAGAAAAAAGUUCACAAAUUCUAUUUUGUAAAAUACUAAAACGAACUGGUGCUAUGUGAAGGAACUUGUGAAGAGCCGAGGUCUCUUUUCAGUGGUCAAACCAAAGAAUUUCGUCUACAGACUCGAAAGUUAAAACCAAAAUAGUAAAUAAAUAGUAUCAUGUUGAAGAAGGUCCAUGUGAAAUCAUGGUCACAGCAUGGAUAGUAUUUCAUCCACAGACUCAAAAGUUAUAACUACAUACUAGAUGAAAAGCACCAUGUGAAAGUACUGCUGAAGAAGUUUCAAAAGUAGGUUGAGUUUGAUCGUCCGGGUGAACGUAGUCCUGAAUAGGAAUGUUGUUGUUGACAGUGACUGACGUUUCGACAACCUGUGCGGUAGUCAUCUUCAGAGUCACUGUCAACAUCAACAGUCCUAUUCAGGACUACGUUCACCCGGACGAUCAAACUCAACCUACUUUAGAAAUGACUCCUGGGUUCAAACCUUUCAUUGAAGAAGUUUCAUUUGAAUGGUAACACCAUAGGAUUGCAGGGUGUACUAAUUGUCACAAGCCUAGUUCUCGUGAGUAAAGAAGAUAAAAUAACUUAGUUUGUUUUGUGAGUGACUUUUGUGUGUUUACAUUCCCAGCAACUUAAGAUGUCCACUACAAAACACAAGGCUUUGGUGACAUUUGAAAAGAAUGAACAUGCAUUGGCUUGUCGCCGCAAAUUUCACAGGUAACCUGACACUUAAUAUUGUUCCAAGUUUCUUUGUUUUGUUUUAAACAAGAAUUCCCCCUCUAUCGAUGCUUCAAUCUACCUCUUCUUGUACUUCUUUUCAGAACCGUAGUGGACGACAGCCAAGUCACAGUUGACUUUCUCUGAUAAUUUUUCUUUUUUGCCAAGAAACUUUUCCGUGAUUUUGACUUUUUUUGUGUGUGCGAUGUCCUGUUGUUGUGAUGUGUAUGUCGUUGUUUUGAACAUAAAACCUGGCUUUGGGACCAAAUUAUUAGAAGAGGAAACUGGUCAACUAUCUUUAAAAAAGCCUUUGUAAAUAAAUCACUUUUGGAAAGAAGCCUUUGUGUAGAUAAGUACAUCUGAUAGAAGUCUAACUUCUGCUUUUCUGUUAGUUAACUUAAAUGUGGACUGAUUCAUGUUGAUAGAACUUUUCUCGACAGCGUUUUAAUAUCGUUUUUAAUGUGCUUGAAUAUGUUUAUCCACACAAGAAAAGUAUUAUUAUAUUAGUUUGUCGACUUUUUAUAGAUAUUUUCCCAAAACUACGAUUUCCUCCUAUCGUUAUUCACGUUUUUUUUUUCUGUUAAUAAGCUUAAUCGUAAAUCCCGAACAAUUUUGUUCGCAUUUUAAGGGUAAAAACGGUCGAUUUAUCGCCAUACUGGCUCUAUAUCAAAGCAAACAUUUAGUGGGUUGAUUGGCAUGAUAUAAGAGAAUAAUUAACUAACAAAAAAUUCUUUAUGUAAUGAAAUUUUUAUCAUAUUUUUCUCUUUUGCUCCAAUUGGCUGGGGAUGGGGUUUAGAUCAAUAAGGUUAGAUGUCCUUUGGUACCGUUCUUCUCUGUUAAGGUAUAAUAUAGCCAUUUGAUCUAUUCAAGUCCUUUUACUUCUAGAGUCAAUAAUGGAAUUAUCUAACGUGGUUUUAACUAAGAGAUGAUAAUAAUGAGACAGGGUCUGGCUCUUGAGAUAUGUGAAUUUCAUCAAGUUAUUUUUAAACCAAUUAAACCCUUGAAAUUAACUGGAAGUCGGUUUCCGGAGAGGUCCGCAAACUUUUAUUCAGUGUUGUCAUGAGAGAAUUCAUUUAAACUGUCGCCAUUACAAUAUUGGGGACCUUAAGAUCCGACGACGGCGACGGCAAUGAGAACGUCACAAAAGCAAUAGGUUUAAUAAUCAAAACAACAAUUUUGUACGUGCAUUGCCCUUUUUUGUAGAUUUCUUUGCCGUCACUGCACGACUACGACGUGAAAAUGCCUAAUUUCACGUUGUACAGAGGAAAGUACACAAGCGACGACGAAAUUUCCUCCCUCUUUCUGAACUUGGAUAUGGUUCUUAGGAAUUCAACUUUGGAAGGGUUCGCUAUGAAGACUGAAAGGACGCUAAUUCACUUUUUCAGCGACGUUUUCUCUGCCGUCUUCGUCGUCGGAUCUUAAGGUCCCUAUCCCGCAUUGUUUGCUUUGAGGCAGUCGCGCGUAGACUUGAUGAGCGGACGUCUUAGGGAUUAUACUUCCGUUCACGUGCAACCUCUAGAAAUAGCUUUUAGUAAAAUUCACAUAUCUCGGCCAACGCCCUAAGAUUUUCUCUCUGUCAUAUAAUUCUCUCUUGUUUUAACGUAUGAGUGUGGGUGAAAUCAGGCAAUGUUACCAUUCAAAUGAAAGCUACCGAGCAAUACUUUGCUGCGGUACUGUCAUUAUACAAACAGUGAUUCUUAACUUUGGAUCUCGAGGAUAUCAUUCAACUGAAACGUCCUAAUAAUUACUUUGAUCUGGUCCACUCUGGGAUUAAAAGGUCAAAAUACGCGUAGGUUGAAUUUCACUAAUGUGUCUCUCAAAUAUUAGAGAAGCAGGAAUGAGAAGUGAUAAGUCUGUGCUAUCUAUCUCUCUGAAACAUCAGAGAUCAAGUCCGUUUUCAUCGUAGCCGUCCAUAACUGAAAAUAUCUGAAAGGAAACAUAGAGCAUUAGUUAUCAAUUCGAGUCUGAAAAAAGGUGUUUCCAAAUUGUUACUAAAACACGAGGGGUCAUGUUUGCAGAGACAUAUCCCAGGGAUAUGUUAGAGGACUUCUCCCAGGGAUAUAUUAUUAGAUGCAUUUGCUAGGGAUAUCCUAGGGGUGUGAAGCCAUGAAGCCUCGUGUGUACAGUUUUGCAACACAUCCCUGCAACGGACCCAGUUGUUAAGCCUAUCGGGGACUUGUUUCAAAUCAGUCUUUGUGUACUCUACGUGAUUUUGUUACUGCUUCGCGUCGAUCAGUACCACGUGACCCUCGUGUUUCCCUUUAAUUUCUGGGGUUUGCAUCGUUGUGUAGUGGAUACGAAAACGUUUUAUUAGUUAUCUCUUACGCAGUCAGCAAACAAAUUCUUUGAUUCCAAGGCUCUCCUCUCCAAGGUAUAUGGAAAAAUUUUUCUGUUACGCCAUCUGACACAUCGCUGAUGAAGUUCGACCGAUUCGGACGAAACAUUCGUUUUGGAAUUUCCUAUACUGAAAAUUUUUCGAUGACGUUACUUUCUGUCUUAGUUCUUGGUGACUUAGUAUAAAAGGUUAAAUUGUUUUACAAAGUGCCAGGUUUUAUGUUGCGUGUUACUCUGUUAUGUUCUGUGUUUGUGGUUUACUUAAGGCGAUGAUUAUUGAGAAACGCAUUUCUAUAAAGAAGAACUUCCAAGUUACGUACAACCAUGCAAGAACUUGUACUGAAAAAAGACCAUCUCUAAGGUGACUGUAAUACAAGCCACUUUCCUCAAAUGUUGGACAGCUCAAUUUCAUGGUUUCAGAGAAGUGGACAUUACGAAAGCUUGGAGCUGGAUCUCUUUCACUUAAACUGCAAGACACCUUGGAUCAUGUGUAAAGAAACAGGUUUUUACACGUAUCUGUUAAACAUUAAUAGUUACUUUGCUAUCUUUCCAUCAUCUGUCAAGGCUGCUUUGUAUUUAAUAUUUUGUAGCAAAGGAGAAGGAUUUAAUUAAACACAAAAAAAGAAGGUUUAUUACCUACAGAUGCAGUGUUUAUCUAGUUAAUAUGACUGUUCUUAAAGUUAAGCAAGUAAGGGUUAUUUGUUAAAACAAAACCUUCUUAAUUCCCUUAAGGUCAACAUGGUUUAAUAUUAUAGAGUUAAUUAUGAGAUAAGCUAAGCUUAAUGUUCUAUGUCACCUUAGAAUAAUAUAUGAUAGAUUACAAGUAAUUGCACUGAUCUUAUCACUAGAUUGCACAACUAGUGUUUAUUAUAGCCUGUACUUGAUUGUUUUGGUAAAUCUAAUCAGAAAUCUGCAUUCAUCAGAGGGCACUUUUUAGCCAUCUUGGGCAGUCUGCCCUUUUUUAGUGAUCUAUGUCCUUUUUGUGAAUGCGUCAUCAACGGUAAACGUGGGCGAGAUAUACUGCAUUAGCAGGGUACUUCUAUUGUGUGUACAGCGUGAAUACUUAUUUUUUUAAAGUUAUUAUGAAAAUAUUAACCUUUGCAAAAGAUCACAACUUUUAAACAAAAUAUUUGACUUAUAUAAUAGCUUUGUUUAUUAUCAGCUAAAACAAUUCUAUCAUUACACAAGUACAAGUAUAUAUAAUUUACUAUUAACUUGUUUCCUUUCUUCAACCAGCAAUUAUUUAAAGUAUUUCAGUGUAAUCCAUGGUUACUUUCCAGCUAUUAAUACUCUCAUUCGUGUACAUUUUUUGCUUCAAAUCUGUUUUGCAGCCUUGACAGUAUCCUAGAAAACAAACGUUGCAUUUUGCCCUUUUAAUUAACUACUAUGAAUGCGCUAAGCAAAAUGAUGACAAUGUAUUUUGUUUUCUAGGACACAUUUUAUUGAUUUGUGUGUGUACAUGUACAGAAAUGUUUUUUUUUUUAGAAUCCCA